GGGGAGGAGGAGGAGCAGGAGGAGGCUUAAACGGGCGAAAUCGCUGAGCAUGAGCCUCGAGAACGGAUGUUAUAAAGACUCCAGACGCUUGAGCUAGGAUGUUAUAAAGACUCCAGACACUUGAGCUAGGAUGUUAUAAAGACUCCAGACGCUUGAGCUAGGAUGUUUUAAAGACUCGAGACACUUGAGCUAGGAUGUUAUAAAGACUCCAGAUACUUGAGCUAGGAUGUUAUAAAGACUCCAGACGCUUAAGCUAGGAUGUUAUAAAGACUCCAGACACUUGAGCUAGGAUGUUAUAAAGACUCGAGACGCUUGAGCUAGGAUGUUAUAAAGACUCCAGACGCUUGAGCUAGGAUGUUAUAAAGACUCCAGACACUUGAGCUAGGAUGUUAUAAAGACUCCAGACACUUGAGCUAGGAUGUUAUAAAGACUCCAGACGCUUGAGCUAGGAUGUUUUAAAGACUCGAGACACUUGAGCUAGGAUGUUAUAAAGACUCCAGAUACUUGAGCUAGGAUGUUAUAAAGACUCCAGACGCUUAAGCUAGGAUGUUAUAAAGACUCCAGACACUUGAGCUAGGAUGUUAUAAAGACUCCAGACGCUUGUGCUAGGAUGUUAUAAAGACUCCAGACGCUUGAGCUAGGAUGUUAUAAAGACUCGAGACACUUGAGCUAGGAUGUUAUAAAGACUCCAGACGCUUGUGCUAGGAUGUUAUAAAGACUCCAGACGCUUGAGCUAGGAUGUUAUAAAGACUCAAGACACUUGAGCUAGGAUGUUAUAAAGACUCCAGACGCUUGAGCUAGGAUGUUAUAAAGACUCCAGACGCUUGAGCUAGGAUGUUAUAAAGACUCGAGACACUUGAGCUAGGAUGUUAUAAAGACUCCAGACGCUUGAGCUAGGAUGUCAUAAAGACUCGAGCCACUUGAGCUAGGAUGUUAUAAAGACUCCAGACGCUUGAGCUAGGAUGUUAUAAAGACUCGAGACACUUGAGCUAGGAUGUUAUAAAGGCUCCAGACGCUUGAGCUAGGAUGUUAUAAAGACUUGAGACGCUUGAGCUAGAAUGUUAUAAAGACUUCAGACACUGGAGCUAGGAUGUUAUAAAGACUCCAGACGCUUGAGCUAGGAUGUUAUAAAGACUCGAGACACUUGAGCUAGGAUGUUAUAAAGACACGAUACACUUGAGCUAGGAUGUUAUAAAGACUCCAGACGCUUGAGCUAGGAUGUUAUAAAGACUCCAAACGCUUGAGCUAGGAUGUUAUAAAGACUCCAGACGCUUGAGCUAGGAUGUUAUAAAGACUCGAGACGCUUGAGCUAGGAUGUUAUAAAGACUCCAGACGCUUGAGCUAGGAUGUUAUAAAGACUCCAAACGCUUGAGCUAGGAUGUUAUAAAGACUCCAGACACUUGAGCUAGGAUGUUAUAAAGACACGAGACACUUGAGCUAGGAUGUUAUAAAGACACGACACACUUGAGCUAGGAUGUUAUAAAGACAGAGCUUGGUUCUCCUGGGACCCACGCGUGACGAAUCCUUCUUCUGCUGUUCGGUUCCCUCCACGUUUUGUGGGUGGUGGGUGAUCCAGCGUCACUCUUUACUUUGGAUUUCAUCGCGAGACAUGACGUUCUGCCUACAUAUAUUGCUGGCCUCCAUUAUUCUGGGCUGCUGUGCUCUGGAUCUUCCACACGUGAUCCCCAACGCGAGCGAGGUGACCGUGGAGGUCGGGCAGAGGCUGGCCGUCAAGUGUGAGGGCUCGGCCCGCGUGGUUUGGGUCGAGCCUCGAAACGUCGCCGUCUCAACGCCGCCCGCAGCCACAGCCACGUCGCAGACAGAAGCCAUACCUGAAUUCGGCUUGUUUUCAACUUGGCUACGAAUUGAGAAUGCGACGCUGCAACACAAUGGUGUGUACACGUGUCAGUAUCAUCACGAAGACAUGAGUCGAUACGAUGACGCUGACGUCACUGAUGGGACAGAGCCACAAGGUGCCACUGUGAGAGUUUAUGUGCAAGACGGGCGCUCGCUGUUCAAGCCCUCGCUGAGUGAGCACGCGCAGGUGGUGAUUGUGCACGCCGGGGACGUGGCGACUCUGCCGUGCCUCGUCACGUCGCCACACACUUCGGUGUCGCUCCGUCACGACGCCGCCGCCACCGCCGCCGCCGCCACCACGCCUGACAGCGGCAGCACAGCGCCUCGACCGUCCGCAACCACGCACAGGAACGACGUAGCAGCCGGAGAAAGCGUCACGCGCCAGAUGCAACGAGGCGCCCAAACGCUACAACACCAAACUGUAACGAACCAAAGCACGCACUCCUCAAACACCCCCACCGAUGAACUUAAAAAACAGCCCCUGCCCAACGGUAACGCUGCCGAUUACGCCCAAAACCUGGAAGGCAAGAUCAAUGGCAACGCCGGGCUGCCUUACAAUGUUGCGGCGAGCACAGGGCCCUCUUCGAACGUCACCACCGUCCACCUCGCCGAAUCCGGCGGAGCGUCGUUCGCCGCCGCGGUGCCGAGCGCGGGGGCCCCACGCCGGGCAGUGUGGUACGUGCCCGGCGUGGGCCUGCGGGCGUUCCUGCUGCCCGGGCGCUAUCGCUGCAUCGCACGUCUGGAGGGGCGCACGCAGGAGUCGGAAGAGUACCACGUGAUGGUGCUCGCCGUCUCACAGCUCCGUCCCGUGGUGACCUCGCCGCGUGCCGUGGUCCUGCGUGGCGACACAAUCACGGUCACGUGCACCGUGACGGGCAACGACAUCGUCAUGUUCACCUGGAGGCACCCUCGCAUGCCGGUCGGUGAGGGCACAGCGCGCACGAGCGUGCUGGAGAGGCGCGUUCCCGGCGGCAUGCAGAUCGUGCACACGCUGACCGUGCCGCUGGCCGACGAGCUCGACGCCGGCGUGUACACGUGCAUGACCGAGAAUUCGUACGGACAGGCGAACGAGAGCACGCACAUCGCCGUGCUGGACAAGGGGUUUGUCCGCGUUCGGCCUCACAUAGGCCCCGAUGAGUCUGCAAUGCUCUUGAGCUCGCCCCUGUACGAGGUGGACGUCUACGCAUUCCCGCCUCCGCUCGCUGUCUUCUGGACCAAAGACGGCAGACGCUUGUUUGACAAGAACAAGGACCGCCAUCAGCCGAACGAUCAGGCUCCGCUCGCUCGUCACCGCCAGGAAGGAAAGCAGCCGCCCAAAGGCGGCGGGCCGGACCACAGGCGUCGCAAGCAAACGGUGGGCAGCGGCAAGACGGACGAUAACCUCAUAACGAGCACUCGCACCGGCACCGGCCGGAGCGAUCAUCAGAAAGUGCUGGACGCUCGAUCAGGGAGGGGCUCGGAGAACGACAGGCCGACUGCUGAGAGUCGGCAGGCUGGAGGUCCGUUCCGUCGUGAUCGAGCAAGAGAGAGUGCGGACAAAGCUGCGCCUGACAGUCAACGGGACCAGGAGGAGUCGCGCUGGAAGAGGGCAGACGGCAGCUCUGGCGAUCGUGGAGACAGCCACGCAAACAUUGGCUUUGAAGCUGUAGAUCCACGGAAUAACCAUUACCGCAGCUGGCUGGGUCUCAGCCGGGUGGCGCUAAGCGAUGAAGGCCUCUACUCUAUCGUGGUGGAGAACAGCGAUGACAAUGCCAGCUACAGCUUCUACCUGUCCAUCAAUGUGCCGGCAGCCAUCACGAAGCUGUCGGACAACGCGGAGCGGGGCGACGAUGGCUGGAGCGGAGCGCACCGCGUUGUGUGCCUGGCACGGGGCUCUCCCAAACCACGCAUCGAGUGGUUUGCCUGUAGCCAGCAGCACAGUUGCACAGAACCGACUCAUUGGACCUUGAUCUACGUCAGCAAUGGCACAGCUCCUGCAGGGCUAGGCUCAGGCCUGCCAGCUGACGCGAAUUCAAGCCGCAGAGACAACCCAGCUGUUGGCUUCGACUACAGCAACGUGAACCCAGACAAAGAGGGCAUAUCUGUGCAGGAGUGGGCCGAUCCCAGCAAGGGGAUCAGCAGCAGCACAAUCACCUUCGAUCCCGCGACAUUGGUGACCCCGACUGCUGUGCGCUGCGUGGCCACAAACCCCUUCCAAACCGAUGAGCAGAUCCUGUCCCUACUGAACACGGACUCCAAGGUGGGCCUCACAGCGCUGUCGGUGGUGCUGUUCCUCCUCGUGCUCUCCAUGGCCCUCCUCAUCGUUGCCAUUGUCAUUUGUAAUAGGAAACCGCGUUACGAGGUGCGGUGGAAGGUUAUCGAGCCGCUGAGCCCAGACGGGAGCGAGUACACGUACGUGGACCCGAUGCAACUCCUGUAUGACCGACGCUGGGAAGUUCCCCGAAGCACUCUGAAAUUUGGUCGAGUCCUGGGUUGUGGCGCUUUUGGUAAAGUGGUUGAAGCAAGCAUACAGGGCACGGAAACUCCGUGCGUCGCUGUCAAAAUGCUUAAAGCCAACUCGUCCACGAGUGAAAGGCGAGCGAUGAUGUCUGAGCUGAAGAUCAUGAGCCACCUGGGCGCACAUCUCAACAUCGUCAACCUGUUGGGGGCCUGCACUGUGGGAGGUCCUGUCUACAUCAUUACCGAGUUCUGUUGCCACGGUGAUCUGGUGAACUUCCUGCACAGAAACAAGUAUGCGUACCUUCACUGGUUAAAGGAUGCUCAGCAGUCGCUCAAGAGGCCUGCAGCAAGCUCUACAUGUGCUGAGAGCAUGUAUAUGGAUAUGAGGCCCGGAGAUGAUGACAAUUACGUGCGUUCUGAAGCACGUGUGGACCGCGUUGUAUACACAGUGGUGGAUGGGGUCUAUUAUAUGGAUACCCAAAGAGAUGACGAACCAUUCUAUGCCAGCUGUGAACUUGGUGGGGCGUCGCCCCUCACAUCUACAGACCUCCUCAGCUGUGCCUACCAGGUGGCACAGGGCAUGGCGUUCCUUGCCUCUAAAAAUUGCGUACACAGAGACCUGGCUGCCCGUAACGUGCUGCUCGCAAACCACCGAGUGGUCAAAAUUUGUGACUUUGGACUGGCGAGAGAUCUGGAGAAAGACACCAACUACAUAUCCAGGGGCAAUACGUUCCUGCCGGUGAAAUGGAUGGCCCCCGAGAGCAUCUUUGACAAUGUGUACACAACACUCAGCGAUGUGUGGUCAUACGGUGUGCUGCUGUGGGAAAUAUUCUCGCUCGGAGGCAGUCCUUACCCUGGAAUGGCGAUUGAUGCACACUUUUAUGGGCAGCUGAAAGCUGGACUUCAUAUGGACAAGCCAGAACAUGCGACAGAAGACAUGUUUGAGAUAAUGAAGGCUUGCUGGGCACUCAGAGCAUCCCAAAGACCCACAUUCUCCCAGCUCGUGAAAACAGUGGGAAAGCUUCUACCACCGGCAUACUUACAGGCAUAUGAUAAAACGAGCGAGCAGUUUUGUGACAGACGCAACAAGAUACACAACAGUGUGCACACAAAUGUGCGCGUGGAUGUGAGCAGCACGGCAGAUCCAGAGGACAAAACUGAGUCGGACAGGGAAGGUGGCUUGUUCUACCUUCAGCUCAAAACGGAAGAUGCACAGCCCGAGUGGGAGACCAGUUUCCUGUGAUCGACUCAGCUGAGGUUGGCAUCCAUUACAGGGGCACAGCACCCGGCAGUGCACCGUGUUCGCUGCUGCUGCUGCUCGAGAGCACAGCAUUUCUCUACAUGUGUUCACACAUUCGUCCCCAUGUGCAGCUGAAGAUGCAGUACCCGGGUGUUGCUGGCUGGCCCCUCUUCGAACACAAGUCGAGCACAGUACUCUUGCUACCCCCAUUCCUUGAUUAUAUUUAAUUCGCUUCACGGUAUUUUGCCCGUGUUAUGACCUUUUUAUGGAAUAUUUUCAAUACUUAUGUUAUUGCAUGUCCCACUUUAUAUUUUGUAUCCUCAAGAUUAAAAGAUGCACUCCCCCCCCCCCCCCCGUAUUUUAAAGCAGAGUAUAUUUCCAGUGUCUUAAAAUCUGGAGAUUGCAGUAGUAUUGCAAUGAAGACUACGUAUUAAGCGCCUCAUAUCAAACAUAGUCGUUAUAACUUGAUAUUUAGAACCUGUUAAACUUGCAAUAGUGGAACGACGUGUACUAAUUAGUGAAGAUUCCACUUAUUACUCAAGGUUUACACAUUUUCUCACGUGUUUUAUACUCGGAUGAGAAAAUAUGGAUACGUUACUGAACAUUCCAAUUUCAGUCACUACAAAGACGUUUUUAAUGGUUUUCCUUGCGUCGUCCAAGUUAUGAACACUUUUACAAUUUCAGUAUUACUGUGCUGUAUAGUACUUUAUAUUAAUACGAAACAAUAUACACAUUACAAUAAUUACAUUACGAAUAAACUUUAAAUAUUUCAUUAUAUACUGCAAUAGACCACUCUUUGCAAUGGUACAUUGUAGAAUUUUCCAAUUUAAAUAUUCAAGUUAAUGUUGCACAACAGGUCCAUUUUCUUGAAUUGUGUCUCAUGCUGUUUUGUAGGUACAGAAUAAAAAGUAACCCGAGGCACUUGACACCCUAAAUUGAAAAUAGGUUGUCCUACUCAUGCAGUCUGUAAGGAAUUGCGAUGUAACCCCGAGGGACAUGACCGAGCACCGCACUUAGUUGAAGUUUAGCGAGCGCUAUGACUGUCAAAUAUUGCACCGUCAUCAUUUCUUGUGCGCUCUGGAAUACCACAAUCACACAGGUAAAAGCACCUCGAAUACAUUACUGUAUUAAGAUGACAACAGUGCUCGAAGCAAUACCUGUAACAAUAUAUCCCCCACAGAAAUUAGGUUGUCACGAUCCGAGACCAUGAUUCAAAUUAAGAACAUUUGA